CAAAACCUCUUCAUCUCACUUCAACUUAGAUUACAUCACUUCAAAGAAAAUCAUCUCUUCCUCGUCGAUACAAGUUUGCUAGCUUUCCGACAAAAAAACAAACAAGAGUUCAAUGGCAGUUUCUAAUGCUUUAACGAUCUCUCCAAAAAAACUUCGGACUGAUCUUUACUCUUACUCGAACCAAGAUAAUACCAAGACACCUUUGGUUAUCUCUGUUCUAGCUUCUCUUAUCGACCGAACUCUAACUCGGAACCAGAGAAUCAAUCGUCUAGCUUCGCCGGCAUCGCCUACUUCCGGCCGGAGUGGCAAAACCCAGAUCUUUGAUUGCCGCGAAAUACCAGAUAUGACCAUCCAAUCGUACCUAGAGAGAAUUUUCCGGUACACUAAAGCCGGUCCAUCGGUUUACGUUGUGGCUUAUGUCUACAUUGACCGGUUCUGUCAACUCAAUCCCGGUUUUAGAAUCAGUCUCGCUAAUGUACAUCGUCUCCUCAUCACCACCAUCAUGAUCGCUUCUAAAUAUGUAGAAGAUUUGAACUACAGAAAUUCAUAUUUCGCCAAAGUAGGUGGAUUAGAGACAGAGGAUUUGAACAGAUUAGAGUUAGAGUUUCUGUUCUCGGUGGGGUUCAAGCUACAUGUCAAUGUGAGUGUGUUCGAGAGUUAUUGUUGUCAUCUUGAGAGAGAGGUUAGCUUUGGAGGAGGUUAUCAGAUUGAGAAGGCAUUGCGUUGCGCCGAAGAGAUCAAAUCCAGACAAAUGAUCGUUCAAGAUCCUAAACAUCAUCACCACCACCAGCUUGCUCGAGUCUUGUUGUAGAAAAAGAAACUCUUCUUUUUUAUUUAUAGUUUAGUCGUUUUGUGCUUGUGAUCUUGACUUUCUGUUUGUUAGAGUUACUUUCGGCACGGUAUUGGUGUAAAUGUAAAUAUAGUUGAGUAGAGAUGAGCAGUGAUGUAAGUACGAGCAUUGAAUAUUUGUAUAUAGGUUCACUAUCUAUUGAACUUAGAAAAUCGUUUCAUUAA